UCCUGUCGAUGACGAGUUCCCCGCCGCUCGCGCCUUCCCUCUUCCCCUCCCGCAGGGUCGCGGCCACCAUGGCGUAUUAGAGGCAGCAGUGCCUGCGGCAGCGUUGGCUUUUGCAGCGGCGGCAGCAGCACCAGGCUCUGCAGCGGCACCCCCAGCGGCUUUAGCCAUGGCGUUUUUCACGGCAUCCAGCAGCAGCUUUGCUGUAAGCGACCAAGACUUCGCCUUCGAUUUAAGCACCUCCUUCGAGUCGAGCCCAGCCCCCCGACAUGGCCGAGAUGAGCUUCCUGAACAGCGAGGUGUUGACGGGGGACUCGAUGUCCCCCUUCGACCCAUCGGGUUUGGGGGCUGAGGAGAGCCUGGGUCUGCUAGAUGACUACUUGGAGGUGGCCAAGCACUUGAGACCCCAUGGGUUCCCCGGCGACAAGGCUGCGGCGGGCUCCUCCGAGUGGCUGGCUGUGGACGGCGCGGGCAUCGCCUCCGACUUCGGCAAGGAGGAUGCCUUCUCCGGGACGGAUUGGAUGUUAGAGAAAAUGGAUCUGAAGGAGUUUGACUUCGACACCCUGUUGAGUCUGGAUGACCUGGAUAUGAUGCCCGAGGAGCUGCUGGCCACGCUGGACAACACGUGUGACCUCCUGGGCCCCCUAGGCCCCGAGAGCAGCAAGGAGCCCCCCCAGGCGCUGAACCCCACUGGCCAUCUCCCAGAGAGUUUGCCCCAAGCCGACCAAGUUGCCCCCUUCACUUUCCUGCACCCCCUGCCCCUCUCCCUGGGGGUCCUCACCUCCACACCUGACAUGUCCUUUAGUUUAGAGCUAGGCAGUGAAGUGGACAUCUCCGAGGGUGACCGGAAACCAGACUCGCCGGCCUAUGUCACCAUGGUUCCCCCGUGUGUCAAGGAGGAGGACAGCCCCUCUGACCACGACAGCGGCAUCUGCAUGAGCCCCGAGUCCUGCCCGGGCUCCCCCCCGCACAGCCCUUCCACCUCCAGGGGCUCCCCACACAAGGGCCUGCCCUCUGCCCGCCCCAAGCCCUAUGACCCGCCUGGAGAGAAGGUGGUGGCUGCCAAAGUGAAGGGUGAGAAGCUGGAUAAGAGGCUGAAGAAGAUGGAGCAGAACAAGACGGCAGCCACGCGCUACCGGCAGAAGAAGAGGGCCGAGCAGGAGGCCCUGACGGGGGAGUGCAAGGAGCUGGAGAAGAAGAACGCGGCCCUGAAGGAGAGGGCCGAUGCCCUGGCCAAGGAGAUCCAGUACCUGAAGGACCUUAUGGAGGAGGUGCGCGUGGCGCGGGGCAGGAGGCGGGCCCCCUAGCCACCCGCUGGGCCUUAAGCUUGUACAUACUACGUAGGAGUUGCUUGCUGAAGCUGUUGUAAUAAAUUAUUUUGUAGUGAAGUGA